CUCGGGAAGCUUCCGGAGCGGAGCGAGCCCAGGAGGAGGGGCUGGUAGCUAGGAGACCCGAAAGCCUUCCAUACCUGAAGCGGCCGCGGGAGAAACUGACCACUGAGCCCCGGAGGGCGAUCGUCCUGGUGCGAGCCCUGCCGUCCACGGGUCCUCAGACCUCCAACUCCAGCAUUGCAGACUGGGCAUUUAAAUCCCUGGACUGUGUAUUUGGAGAAGCUAACAGCUGCAUGUGCUAUUUCUAAGACUUUCAAAGAUCCACCCAGGAUGUGAGAGUGCUUAUCAUUUCUUUUUCCGCUCUGAGGAGAAGGGGUAGCAGUAAAAUUGGGAUUGAGGAGGCUGAAGACUGGUUGAUGGGCUCAGAUGGUGGGCUUCACUAUCUCACUAUGACUGCUGAAAACCCAACACCUGGAGACCUGUCUCUGGCUCCCCUUGUCACUUGCAAACUCUGCCUGUGUGAGCAGCCUCUGGACAAGAUGACCACACUCCAGGAAUGCCAGUGCAUCUUUUGUACAGCUUGCCUGAAACAGUAUAUGCAGCUGGCAAUCCGAGAAGGAUGUGGGUCUCCCAUCACUUGCCCUGACAUGGUGUGCCUAGAACACGGGACCUUGCAGGACACUGAGAUUGCCUGCUUGGUGUCUGUGGAGCAGUUUCAGCUUUAUCAACGCUUAAAAUUUGAACGAGAAGUUCACCUGGACCCCCUCCGAACAUGGUGUCCUGUUGCCGACUGUCAGACAGUGUGCCCUGUGGCAGCGAGUGACCCAGGGCACCCUGUGUUGGUGGAAUGCCCUACUUGCGGCCUGAAAUUCUGCUCGUGUUGCAAGGAUGCUUGGCAUGCGGAGUUCCCCUGCAGAGACAGUCAGCCUAUUGUCCAGCCAACAGAGCAUGGGGCCCUCUUUGGGACAGAUGUGGAAGCCCCCAUUAAGCAGUGUCCGGUUUGUCGGGUUUACAUUGAACGCAAUGAAGGCUGUGCUCAGAUGAUGUGCAAAAACUGCAAGCACACAUUUUGCUGGUACUGCCUGCAAAGCCUGGAUAAUGACAUUUUCCUCAGGCAUUAUGACAAAGGACCAUGUAGAAAUAAGCUCGGCCACUCAAGAGCAUCAGUGAUGUGGAACCGAACACAGGUUGUGGGAAUCCUUGUGGGAUUGGGCAUCAUUGCACUGGUGACGUCACCCCUGUUACUACUGGCCUCACCAUGUAUAAUCUGUUGUGUCUGCAAGUCCUGUCGGGGCAAGAAGAAAAAGCACGACCCGUCCACAACCUAAAGGUUUCUGUCUGUGUUCAUCGGCACAGAUGGCUGGGUUAUAUGAGAUAGCACAGUUAUAAAGCCCACCUACUGACCUUGCCCCCUUCUCCUUGCCAAACGUUGGAAGUGCCUCUGUAUCAGACUUUGAACUUGCCUGCAAGCAUUCAGUGUUGGGAAAGGCCACAUCCUGGGUGCGAAUCUUUGUGCAUAUCAAGAAGUGGGCUCUGCAGUCCAGGCUGUGGCACAUUUUGGGAGCUUUGGGUUUGCUUGGGAAGAACGAACACAUCAUCUUAUCAUCCAAAGGAUCCUGCUGGGCUGCUCACCUGCCAGUCACACUCAAGGAGCCUGAGUGCAUAUUUGGUAUAAUAAAUGUGUUUUCAUGGUUGGCAGAAUACAUUGCUGACUGAGAGUCUGUUCUGUAUUGAUUCGGCCACCGUCAGAAACGGUGCAGGAAGAGGAUAGCGCUGCAUAAAGGGAAGUUGGCACAAGCGCUGCAGAGCAGGCGGCUUAUCUCGGGAGUCAGUAGGUUGGCUGUGCCUGUGCUGCUCCUGGCUGCGCUGUCCCUGCCUUCCCACAGUGACUUGGCAGAAACAUAAUAGGUUUCUCCUUGUGUGAUCUCAGCUUCAAGCAAGAGCAGCGCUGUUUAGAGGGAGUUGUCCCUUCCUAGGGAAAGAGUGGCAGCAUGUGAAACAACAUCAUCCAAUUUAGUGUUUCUCCUUUGGCAAAGGUUACUUUUCUAAGGUGACCAUCUCAUCUUUGACAUCCAGUAGCUGUGAUCAACAAAACACUUUUCUUGGGAAUGGGGGUAGAGUGAGAGAAGCUCACAGCCUUUACCAGUCACCAGGGCUGUGUGGUCAACUGCAUCCCCUGCCCCAAGGCUUGGAGUUGGACCUAGAAGUAUGCAUCAGGAAUAAACAUGUACAUCUACAAUCCCUAUCACAGUCUUCCUGGAAUUUUGAUCCAUGGGGCAUGCAUGGGUAUACCCAACAGAUGGCACAAACAUUUUUUUUUUUUUACUUAAAAAUCUCUCUUUAUAUAAAAUAGUUGGUAAAUCAACCUGAAACUUUUUGCACAGUACACAUGUGACUUUUGGAUAUAAGUUCAUAAUGUAUCUAAAGGCGUAAGCUCAAAAACAACUCUUUUAAAACAAUACUUAGUACAAUUUGAUGUCAUCUCUAUAAAUUGAGACUCAAGCUAUUUACAUACUUUCCAGUCAACUCAGAGCAGUUUUUUUUUUCAGCACACUUUAGUAUUGUUCUGUCAGUAGCUGUUUAGACAAGCUGAAUACUGUGUAUCCACAGCUCCAAUAAGACAACAAAAUGUAAAAGAAAUAAAAUGGAAAUAUUUUGUGUCCUCA